AUGCAGUGCCUAGCGGCCGCUCUUAAGGACGAAACCAACAUGAGUGGGGGAGGGGAGCAGGCCGACAUCCUGCCGGCCAACUACGUGGUCAAGGAUCGCUGGAAGGUGCUCAAAAAGAUCGGGGGCGGGGGCUUUGGUGAGAUCUACGAGGCCAUGGACCUGCUGACCAGGGAGAACGUGGCCCUGAAGGUGGAGUCGGCCCAGCAGCCCAAGCAGGUCCUCAAGAUGGAGGUGGCUGUGCUCAAGAAGCUGCAAGGGAAAGACCACGUGUGCAGGUUCAUUGGCUGUGGCCGCAACGAGAAGUUUAACUAUGUAGUGAUGCAGCUCCAGGGCCGGAACCUGGCUGACCUGCGACGCAGCCAGCCUCGAGGCACCUUCACGCUGAGCACCACUCUGCGGCUGGGCAAGCAGAUCCUGGAGUCCAUCGAGGCCAUCCACUCCGUGGGCUUCCUGCACCGCGACAUCAAGCCGUCAAACUUUGCCAUGGGCAGGCUGCCCUCCACCUACAGAAAGUGCUACAUGUUGGAUUUUGGGCUGGCCCGGCAGUACACCAACACCACGGGGGACGUUCGGCCCCCUCGGAAUGUGGCUGGGUUUCGCGGGACUGUUCGCUAUGCCUCGGUCAAUGCUCACAAGAACCGGGAGAUGGGCCGCCACGAUGAUCUGUGGUCCCUCUUCUACAUGCUUGUGGAGUUUGCAGUGGGUCAGCUGCCUUGGAGGAAGAUCAAGGACAAGGAGCAGGUAGGGAUGAUCAAGGAGAAGUACGAGCACCGGAUGCUGCUGAAGCACAUGCCCUCCGAGUUCCACCUUUUCCUGGACCACAUCGCCAGCCUCGACUAUUUCACCAAGCCCGAUUACCAGUUGAUCAUGUCAGUGUUUGAGAACAGCAUGAAGGAGCGGGGCAUCGCCGAGAACGAGGCCUUUGACUGGGAGAAGGCGGGCAAUGACGCCCUCCUGUCCACGAGCACCUCCACCCCGCCCCAGCAGAACACCCGGCAGACGGCAGCCAUGUUUGGGGUGGUCAACGUGACGCCGGUGCCCGGCGACCUGCUCCGGGAAAACACUGAGGAUGUGCUGCAGGGCGAGCACCUGAGUGACCAGGAGAACGCGCCUCCAAUCCUGCCGGGGCGGCCCCCCGAGGGUCCGGGCUCCAGCCCCCACCUCGCCCCCCACCCCGGGGGUCCUGAGGCUGAAGUCUGGGAGGAGACAGAUGUCAACCGGAACAAACUCCGGAUCAACAUUGGCAAAACCCCCUGUUUGGUGGAGGAGGAGCAGAGCCGAGUUGCGGGGGUCCCCAGCUCCCCGGUGCGUGCCCCCCCAGACUCACCGACAACCCCAGUCCGUUCUCUGCACUACCGGAGGGUCAACAGCCCUGAGUCGGAGAGGCUGUCCACGGCGGAUGGGCGGGUGGAACUGCAUGAGAGGAGGUCACGAAUGGAUCUGCCCGGCUCACCCUCGCGCCAGGCCUGUUCCUCGCAGCCGGCCCAGAUGCUGUCAGUGGACACAGGCCACGCCGACCGGCAGGCUAGCGGCCGCAUGGACGUGUCAGCCUCCGUGGAACAGGAGGCCCUGAGCAAUGCCUUCCGCUCGGUGCCGCUGGCCGAGGAGGAGGACUUCGACAGCAAGGAGUGGGUCAUCAUUGACAAGGAGACAGAGCUGAAGGACUUCCCCCCGGGGGCUGAGCCUAGUACGUCGGGCACCACGGACGAGGAGCCCGAGGAGCUGCGGCCGCUGCCCGAGGAGGGCGAGGAGCGUCGGCGGCCAGGGCCGGAGCCCGCCGUCCGGCCCCGGGGACGCGGCAUGCACACGCUGGCCGAGGAGGACCUGCGGCUGACGCCAGCUCAGCCUCUGCCACCCCAGCUGAACCAGGCCGAUGGCCGGUCAGAGAUAUCACAGCCCCCCACGCCCGGCAGCCCUUCCCACUCGCCCCUGCACUCCGGACCCCGCCCUCGACGGAGAGAGUCGGAUCCCACGGGCCCGCAGAGACAGGUAUUCUCCGUGGCGCCCCCGUUUGAGGUGAAUGGUCUCCCGCGAGCUGUGCCCCUGAGCCUACCCUACCAGGACUACAAGAAGGAUCUCUCCGAUUACCGCGAACGGGCUCGGCUGCUCAACAGGGUCCGGAGGGUGGACUUCUCGCACGUGCUACUUGCCACCCCGCAGGUCCCGCUGGCUCCUGUUCAGCCUCAAACGAAUGGGAAGGAGGAAGAGGAGGAGGAGGAGGAGGAGGAGGAGGAAGAGGAGGAGGAGGAGGAGGAAGAAGAAGAAGAGGAAGAAGAAGAGGAGGAGGAGGAGGAAGAGGAGGAAGAAGAGGAGGAAGAAGAGGAGGAGGAGGAGGCAGUGGCCCUGGGGGAGGUGCUGGGGCCACACAGUGGCUCCAGCAGUGAGGGCAGCGAGAGGAGCACGGACCGGAGCCAGGAGGGCGCCCCGUCCACGCUGCUGGCCGAUGAUCAGAAAGAGUCCAGGGGCCGAGCCUCCAUGGCUGACGGGGACCUGGAGCCUGAGGAGGGCUCCAAAACGCUGGUGCUCGUCUCCCCUGGCGACAUGAAGAAGUCGCCUGUCACUGCCGACCUGGCCCCCGAACCUGACCUGGGCACUCUGGCUGCCCUCACUCCUCAGCACGAACGGCCCCAGCCCACUGGCAGCCAGCUGGACGUGUCUGAGCCAGGCACCCUGUCCUCUGUCCUCAAGUCUGAGCCCAAGCCCCCUGGGACCGGGACAGGGCCGGGGGUUGGGGCAGUGACCAUAGGGGCAGGGGGAGUGGCAGUCACCUCCUCGCCCUUCACCAAAGUCGAGAGGACCUUUGUGCACAUUGCAGAGAAAACCCACCUCAAUGUCAUGUCUUCUGGUGGACAAGCCUCCCGGUCUGAGGAGCUCAGCUCUGGCGGGGAGCUGGGCCUGGAGGUGCCCUCUGAUGGAAGGGCUGCGGAGGAGGGGGCCUCCGUGUACCUGGAGAACGGCAUUGCCCUAUCAGGGCUGGUGAGCUGUGUCCUGUCCGCUCCCCCUGGGAGCAGCCCCUUGGAGGUGACCACAGACUCACUGCCCAAUGGCCCAGCCCUUGCCGAUGGACCAGCCCUGGCGUCCCUGCUGGAGCCGGGUCCCGAGAAACUGGCCACCAUCUCCCCCAGUCGCCAUGCCAUGCCAGGCCCUCGCCCCAGGAGCCGAAUCCCUGUCCUGCUGUCUGAGGAGGACACAGGCUCGGAGCCCUCAGGCUCACUGUCCGCCAAAGAGCGGUGGGUCAAGAGGGCCCGGCCACAGCAGGACCUGGCGCGGUUGGUGAUGGAGAAGAGGCAGGGCCGCCUGCUGUUGCGCCUGGCCUCUGGGGCCUCAUCCUCUUCCAGUGAGGAGCAGCGCCGUGCCUCUGAGACGCUCUCAGGCACAGGCUCCGAGGAGGACACGCCUGCCUCUGAGCCCGCGGUGCCCAGGAAAGCCGGGCGGGCAGCUGCCACCCGGAGCCGGAUCCCCCGCCCCAUCAGCAUCCGCAUGCCCACGCCUGCCGCAGCCCAGCAGCCCCCUGACAGGCCCCAAGGCGCGGCCCCAGCAUCUGACACAGCCAUCACCAGCAGGCUCCAGCUGCAGAAGCACCCAGGGACGGCCAUUGCUGCUGACCUCCGUCCCAAACAGCCCACCGGCCGUGGCCCGGGCCCAGGGCGAGCCCAAGCCGGCACCAGGCCCCGAGCCCCGCGCAGUCCCGGCCUCCCCGCCUCCUCCGCGCACCAUCCCAGCGCCUCCCCCCGGAGCCGGUCCCUGUCGCGCAAAGAGAGCCCCUCCCCCUCGCACCAGGCCCGGCCCGGGGCCCCCCCACCCCGGGGCGCCCCGCAGGCCCGGGCCCAGCCUGAAGGCACCCCCUCCCCGGGGGCCCCCAAGAAAGGACCCAGAGGGAAACUCCAGACUCAGCGCGCAACCAAAGGCCGGGCGGGGGUUGCGGAGGGUCGGGCUGGGGCCAGAUAA